AUGGAUCCACCGAAUUCAACAGGGGCCUCGGGCUCGACGACGCCUUCUGGGGCGAGUGGAGAGACGAAAAUGGAUCCUCUUCGAAAAUUGAUGCUUUCGAUGAAGAGAAAGGCGCCGAACACGCUUCGAUUACUGCGAAGAGAUUCUAUGUCUUCCGAAGGCACAAUGUCCGAGCCAGACACUCCCGGCGAUACGGACUUUCUCACCGAGGAAGAUGUUCUUUUAUACGCCGCUGCUUGCAAUGAUGAAGACCCUGCUAAGGAAACUCCAACAAGUGAGCUCUUGCGUCGCUGCCGCCAAAGAAGAGAAGAGACGUCAAUCCAGCGCCGGGAGCGGCUCCACUACUCAUGUUUGAUUUUCGAAGAAAAAGACUUGCUUCUCUACAAAGAACGCUGCCGUAUGCAAAACGUCAAGGACGUGGCUUACACCGUGACGACUCUUCUUCAAAAGAUCGACUCGAAAUUCGGGAACGGGCAGCUGACCCUCGAAAAGAUGGAAGAAAUCAACACGAUUCUCGCGGAGCUGACUUUUAUUCAGCUGCGAUACAUGGAGAUUCAGAACAUCGAGGCCAUCUUUCAAUGUCACUCUGCCUAUUUAAUUUCGAACAGUCCAGUCGGCUCCAAGGAAAUUCCAUUCAUCAAUGGUUUCAGUGCUAUUCUAGAGCUCUUUAUUCCCUACAUUCGCCGCGAAGCACUGAACGCCGAGGCGAGCAACAAGUUCUUCGGCGGCCUCUAUUUGAACAAAACACUGAACUACGAGUCGCGCCACAUUUUGCCGCUGAUGGGCGUUAUUCUCGAAAACAACGAUAUGGCGCAUCCGAUCUUCAUGCUUCACAUGAUCAAAAUCUCCGUCAUCGUUGGCAGCGUCGAGUUUAUUUCUGGUCUUUUUGAGCACAUGAGGCGCUUUACUCCGGACCGGGAGGGAUACAUUCAGGCGAUGAAGGAGCUCUGUGGCUCGGUCGAUUCGCCGAUUGGAACUGAGUUCAGCGAGGUCCCGUUGGAAAUCCUUGUCAUGUUCAACAUGCACUUGCUGCACUUGGCGGCGCGCGUCGCCUGCGAAAAGAGCGUCCGAUGUCUUCUCUCCUUUGGGGCGGAUUCGCUCUGGCUGGACAACAACAACGCCCGAGCAAUCAACGUGGUCGGUGAGUGCACCCCCGAGUUCGAUGCUUUUGCCUUCCGUUUCACUUCCACAGACAAUGAGCGUCUCCUUUGCCGCAAAGUGCUUUUGCAAGCGCUGCCUCAAGAAGCCUGGCCGACACUGGAAGACGUGGCAAUCGAGAAUGGACCGAACACGCUGGAGCUGAUCGAGACACUUUUGGCUGUUGGGGCGAACCCUCUCGAAGCAAAUGCUCAGAAACUCUUUCCUUAUCACUUUGCGCAGAGCCAGGCGAUUUUUCAAGCCCUGACCGGCCCUCCUGUCGAGCCGAGAUCGCUGAUGCUCACAUUAGCGAGGUCGAACGCGCCGGAAAAGGACAAAAUCGAACUUCUGAAAAUCUCGGACGCGAACCGAAUUCCUCUUGACAUCACCUUCACAGACACGGAAAACAUCAACUGCUUGGGCGUUGCUGCCCAAAGACGAGAGUACCGCUUUGCCCAGGCGAUUGGAGCCACUCUUCAGGCGCAAGGAACUUAUCAAAGCGUCAAAGUGUCGAAGUUGGAGGAGGAACUCAAGCUUCAAAAACUGAUGAACAUAAACGACGCUCUUUUAAGCAAAGAAAAGUUACUCAAAACUGAGACUGAGCUUAUGAAGGAAAAUAACCAGCUGCGAAACACGCAUUCCGAGGAAAUCAAGCUCCGAAAACAAUUGGCGCACGAUCGCGAGGUCGAAAUGGAAACGCUCAAGGAGCAAAACAGACAGCUAGUCAAGCAAGUGCACGAAGUUAUGCAACUUUCGGACAACGCCAUUUCAGUGGCAACCUCUCAAAAAGAACUGCAGGAGACGCUGGACAGCAUCAACGCUUCGAAGAACGAGACCAAUGCGAAUGUUGAGAAGAUCUGCAAGGAAAAGGCGGAAAUCGAGGACAUGGUCAAAAAACACAAGACUUUGGAGGCGAGCCACCAGAAACAGCUGAACACGAAAAAGUUCUUGAUCGAAAAACUGAAAGAAGAGCGCAAAAAACUGCAGGAAGAAAACAAGACGAUCAAAAAAGAAAGCAAAGAAAAAGAAUCGCAGCUGAUGAGCCGAGUCCUUGAGUUGGAAGACGACAACAACAAACUGGCAAAAGACUUGAAAGAACUCAAGUCGAAAAAAGCGCCAGCUCAGCAGAAUUCGAAGGAGCAUCUCAAGGCGCUCGAGCAGCUGGAAAAGCUAAAGGGAGAAAUCGACAUGAAAAAGGCCGAAUCCGAGCGACAAAAGAAAAACUACGAAGACGGGUUGAACGAGAUGCAGUCGCUGAUCGAGAGUCUCAAGAGUCGAAUCAUGAACUUGGAGAGCAGCCUCGCCCAGAGCAAGCUCGAAAUCAAGGAGGAGAAGGAAAAGCACAAGCAAAAAAUGAGCGCGAAGGCGAAAGAAAUCGCGCUGCUGAAGGACGAAUUGAGCGCGCUGAAAGAGCGCGAAAAGAGAAUCAAAGAAACGGACGUGAAGGAGUUCGCCGAGUACGAAGCAACGAUCAAGCAGUUACAGUUGGAAAAGCAAGAGCUGAAGAAAGAGCUCGAACUGAAGAAACAAGAGUUUACGACUCAAGAACUCACUUUCCGGGUGAUUCAAGAACGACUCGUCUACACGACGAAUGAAGCUGAAACGCUAAAGAAGCAAGCACAAAGUCGCAUUCGACAGCUGAGUGCCUUUUGCUCGAAUUUCUUGCGAGAGUCGGCGCAGGACUUCGACAUCGAAAACGACUUCGAGAAGACGGAAAACACUUUGGAAGCGGAAACGCUGGUCAAAGACUUGGAAAGCCAAAUUAUGACGCUGAAGAACGUGAACUCGGAGGUGAUGAAGAAAUACGAGCAGAUGAUCUCGUGCUGCAUCUGCGAGGAGAAGUUCGAGAGCUCCGGUGAAAGAACUCCCGUGAAAUUGAAAUGCUCGCACGUCUUCUGCGGAAGUUGCGCCAAUAGCUGGCUCACUGCUCAUGGCAAGAAAGCUUCAUGUCCGCAAUGCCGAACGAUGUACCGAUCUGGCGACAUUCGACCUGUUCACCUCAACUCCGACUUUUGA